ACAUAUCGUAGAUGUCAUGAAGAGGAGGCACACAAUGUGCACGGUACAUCAAUAUUCGAUUUUAAAUAUAUAGCACACUCGACCCCACUCUUGAGGAUUAUUCAUCCAGAAGAAUAACAUCAAAAGCGACGGUAGAGACGUACUGUCUCUGAUAGUGCCCAUGCCAAAAGGAGCUCUCGCACACAGUUCUUUUCUUCACCCUCAAACAUGGAAAAGACAUUAUCUUAGGUCGCCUACACCGAUAACUUCACUUCUCAAUACUUGCACUUUUUUCCUCUUUAUAUUCCAAACUCUCUCUGUCACCGAUCCACCCUCCCCUGUUCAAAUAUUUCCACUCACAUUUUCCCUAUAAAUCCCAAUCUUUCAACAGCACCUGUUCCUUUUGUAAGAUGACGACAAAUAGUAUCAAGGGGAAAAAAAUCCAACACUUGAAAGAAGAAGAGGAGGAGGAGGAGGAGGAGGAGGAGGAGGAGGAGGAGGAAGAAGAAGAAGAAAUAGAAGCAUUGUCACUUUGCGAUCUUCCUGUCAAUCUGGUCGACCACGAAGUCCAAUCAAAAGCAAAACCAGAUUCUCAAAUCAUUGAAGCCCAAGAAGAAGAUUUUGAUUUCCGCUUAUGGGGUGGCCCCUUCUCCACAGAAUCAGAAAUGUGUGCUGCAGAUGAAGUUUUCUUCCAAGGCCAAAUUCUCCCAUUGCAUCUCUCACUUAAGCGAUGUGAAUCCUUGGACCACGUUUCCGUGAGAGAAUUUCGUAGCAAUAGCAGUAGAAGCAGCAGCAGCAUUAGAAGCCAGAAUUCGUCUAGUAGCAGCUGCUCCACCGCCACUACAACCCCAAGAAUCUCCAAACCCAGACUUCAAAAUCAAAAUCAUUUCCACGCGCAUCCAAGUCCCCAACCUCAGUUGAAGGUAACCGUUCCAAGACAAACAAGCUUCAGCAAUCACGGUAGAAAAUCAUCAGCAUGGGACUUUUUCCGUCUGGGUGUGGUGCCUGCACCUGAGAUAGCAUUGCAAGAUCUCAAGGUUCGUAGUACCAACGGUGUUAGUAAAAAUCACAUGGGUCGCAGCACUAGCAUUGGCAGCAACAAUAGCAACGCCAAUGCUAAUGGCUCUGUGAAAACGAGUUACAGCGGCAACAAAAAUCACGUUUUCAAAAAAUUUGGUGGCUUUUGGAGUGGUUGCAAAUGUUCUGUUGAAACAGUGCACUCGGGCAUGGCCAUGAUUAAGGGUGGUAUUAAAAGCGCCAACACAACGCACGCAACGAAAGAAAAAGUGAUCGAAAGGAAGAGGCAGAAACACAGACAAAAGCAAGGAAAGAGAACCAUGUCGCGUCGUCGAACGUUUGAAUGGAUAAAGGAGCUUUCGCAUGUAAGCUAUCACGAUGAAGAAGCUUUGUUAUCUUAAACCUCAAAUGCUUUGGCUCACCACACGCUUGUAAUUUUCUGUUAUUUUUUAUUAUGUUAGAAUUUUAGAUUAAAUUGCCUUUAUAGCCGCUGGCUUUUGUUUUGCUUUGUUCUGAAUUAGAAUUACAUCAUUGUAGUGGAGACUGGAGACUCUGUAAUCAAAACUUGUUACCCUCGUGAGAAUGAUAGUUUUGCUUUUUCGUUCC